UCCGUAUAUCGCAAUAUGUGGUAAAGUGGGUCAGAUAAAUUUCAGUGUAAUGAGGUCUGUGGCUAUGUUGCAAAACGAUUGAUUUAGUGCUGUUAUUAUUAUUAUUUGAAGCGAUACAUAUAAGCAUGGAUCCAUCAGAAAUGGAUUCUCUAGAUGGGGUAAGCAGCAAUUCAAGCAUGUCAACAGCUGCCAGUAUCAACAUGGGGAUGUCUCCCUCAAUGGGAAUCAGCUCCAUGGCACAGAUGGGUUCCCCACCAGACAUUAAGCCAGAUAUAAACUCACUAGUUUCACCCUCAUUUUAUCCCUAUGGAAUUCAACACCCUAUGUCCCAGUCACAGGCCUCCCCUGGGUCCCAGCCCAUGAUGUCACCGGGUUUGCACUCGCCUUCUUCUUCAGUAACAUCCCCCUCCAUGAUGUCCAUUGGUUCUCCUGGGUCUGCAGCCUCACCCCCGGGAACAAACCCACACAUGCCACACAGUAAUCUCAACAGUAAACAUAUCUGUGCUAUAUGUGGAGACAGAGCUUCAGGGAAACAUUAUGGAGUCUACAGUUGUGAAGGUUGCAAAGGAUUUUUCAAAAGAACAGUGCGAAAAGACUUGACAUAUGCUUGUCGGGAUGAUCGCAACUGUAUUAUAGACAAGAGGCAGAGAAACCGAUGCCAGUACUGCCGCUACAUGAAGUGUCUAAACAUGGGAAUGAAAAGAGAAGAUGUUAAAUGCAGCACCGAUGCAGGGCGCCAAGGAUCAUCUGUCCAGGAGGAGAGACAGAGAGUUAAGGAGAAGGGCGAAGGAGAAGUCGAGAGCACAAGCAGUGCUAACUCAGACAUGCCUGUAGAGAAAGUCUUGGAAGCUGAAUUAGCAGUGGAACCAAAGACAGACACAUAUAUAGAUGCUCAGAAAGAUGCAGUAACGAAUAUAUGUCAGGCAGCAGACAAGCAACUGUUCACACUGGUGGAGUGGGCCAAAAGAAUACCUCAUUUCACCGAACUGCCUCUAGACGACCAGGUUAUUCUACUGAGGGCAGGUUGGAAUGAGCUACUGAUAGCUGGUUUUUCACAUCGAUCGAUUGUUGUUAAGGAUGGUAUACUGCUAGCCACUGGCCUUCAUGUACACAGAAGUAGUGCUCACCAAGCUGGUGUUGGAACCAUUUUUGAUCGUGUCCUCACAGAGCUGGUUGCUAAAAUGCGAGAAAUGAAAAUGGAUAAAACAGAGCUGGGAUGCUUGCGAGCUAUUGUUCUGUUUAACCCAGAUGCUAAAGGCCUUUCUGCUGUUUCUGAGGUAGAACAGCUGAGAGAAAAAGUGUAUGCUUCACUUGAAGAAUACUGUAAAACGCACUACCCUGAUGAACCUGGGCGAUUUGCCAAACUACUGCUUCGGUUGCCUGCACUUAGAAGCAUAGGGCUCAAGUGUUUGGAACACUUAUUCUUUUUCAAAUUAAUAGGUGAUACUCCAAUAGACACUUUCCUCCUAGAGAUGUUGGAGAGUCCAUCCCCAAGCAGCACCUGAUUAGGGAGUGCCAUGUCCCUAUGGAGCAAGUUAAGGAUGAGGAGACAUUUUCUCGUAAAUAUUGUCACGGCAACUCUAGUGUUUAAACCAUGAAUUACUUCUGAUGGGCCUGUUUAUAAAUUCAACUCUGGCAGACUCAGUUUAUGUACAGGAUCAGUUUAUGUCUGAUGCUUUCAGUUAGACUCUCCCCCGGUGUCAGGCUAUAUAUAGUGCUAAAACUAUAAUAUUUACCAACUUCAAAAUUAUACAAUUAAGUAUCAUGAAAACAAGUGUAUUUUUUUUAUAUCUUAAAAUCAAAAUGUAUUAAACAUGAUAUAGCUGUGAUUAUUUAUGAUAUUCAGAGGUAAUUCAAGAUGAAACAUCAUUAAAGUCGUAUCGAUACACAUAUACAUAUGAUUCGUGUCCUUUUGACAAGUAUUCCUAAUUUAGGAAAAUUGUCAAACAUAUUUGCAGCUGGGAUUUUUUUGUAAGAUUGGUUUAUGUAGCAUUUUAUUGAAGCUUGUUUUCAUGUAUUCUCCUAAAUAAAUUGACAUAUAUAUCUGUUGACUCCAUAUGGAGCAUAGGACUGCCUCCUAAAUGAAUGAAUGAAUGAAUAAAAUGCAUCUUCUGAAAUAAAUCAACCAGAUUCAUUAAGAAUACACAGACAAGAUGGUAUUUAUUGUAGAUGUCAUAUAUAAUCUUGUUAAAAAUGCAGUUAUAAUUUGAAAAUUACGAAUUGUGACUUUAUUCCAUAGAAAUAUGAUAAUUGUUGAAAUCUUUUUUUCAUUUGUCAUUUGGAAUGCAAGGUUUGGCAAGAAAUUGUAUGAUUUAUGUGUGGUUCAAAAUAUUCUCUUAUGUAAGAUAUCUGCAUUAAAUGAUUGGUGUUUAGAACAUGGAGGAAUAAGAAGAGAAAAUGCCCACUAUUGGUCAAGGUAUUGUUGCUUUUAUUUUUUUUUUUAGUGAGAGGAUAUUUGCUCCAUUAUGUUAAAAGUAUCUUUCACAAGCUGGUUCAAGUUAAAAUAUAGAAUUUUGAGUUAACUAUGAAAGAAAAUUAAACAUGGAAUGAGGAAUCACUUCAUAUUGUAAAUACAAUAUUAUAAAACAUAGUUGUAUGAAAAAAUAUAAAACUUGAUAGUUAAAAAGGCAUAGCAUAAUUGAGAUUUAAACACCACAUAGAAUUACCAUAGACAAAAAAUAUUGCGCCAUUUUUAUUCUGUGAAUGUUGAAAACAUUGCAUUAAAAUAAUGAUUUUAUAUACUAGGGGCAUUUUCUACAUCUUAUUCCUCCAAUUUCUUUCAAAAGGAAUUCAUCGUGUUUUAAAUAGAGGUUUUGUAACACUGAGAAAGGUUAUAGCUGGUGUUCAUUUCCACAAUUCUAUGUACCGUAUGUAUCAACAUAAAAGCACAUGGUUUAAAUGAUUUUAUGUACUCUGUAUGACAAAAUGGAGAUUAAUUGUAUGAUUUCUCACUUACUGUUUUAUUCUGAUGAUUAAGUCAGACUUGCCCAGAUAUCAAAGGAGAUGUGAUUUGUGAAGGACUUUAUAUCAGUUUCCAGUUGUCCCUUUGUCCCUGACACAUUGUGUAUAUUCAUGAGUAAUGCUUGACAAUGUUGGAAUCUUACCAUUGUAACAUUUCAGUAAAACAGUUAUGGUAAACCACAUGCAGCUGUCAAAAUGAUUUAUGUCCAGUGUUUAUAUCAUUAAUUUGUUAUUUGGAGGUAAUAAACAGAUAUUUGCAUAAAGUGGGUUUGCUAUAGAUUUUACUGUUAUGGUACAUACAUUGGUAUAAUUCUCCCUGUUGAUACACAUUACGAGGAUAAUUUCUAAUGAGAUGAUUAUCAAGAGACUUUAUUAUUUAGUGGAAUAUAGUGCUAUGUUUGAGAGACUGAAUUUACUGACUGUCACUAUCAAUGUGUGUGAUUUUUGUCCAGCUUAUUUGCAUAUGAGUGUUAAAUUGUUAAUUCAUGUAUAAUAAUUUGAAUUUUGCGCACCUUUACUCAAAUCUCAAGACAUAUGGUAUCGUAUUACUUGAUUUUGGAAAGUAGUAUCAAAUAUAUAAUAAAAAGCUGAUUUGAUAAGUUUGUUUAGAAUAUACUUAUUGAAGUUUAUUUUUAGGUAAAACAUUAGGGGGAAAGUUCGAAAUUGUACCUAGAAUUGUUACAAAUUUUUAUACUCCGCAUGCUUUUGAGGAUUUACGGUAUUUUAUUAUAGAAACUUUGGUUUUCUUUUAUAGAAUUAUUUUUGGGAGAUCAGGUUUUGUAGGAUCGUAAUGGGGACAUAUGAUGUCCUAAGGUUUGUUGAUAGUUUUACUGUUAAGUGCUAACUUUUUAUCAGAUCAUAUGUAUAUAUUGUACAUUAUUCAUUUAUGUAGAUGAAAUCGUUAUUUUACAUAAAAAUACAAUAUGUCUAAAUGAAA